AUGUAUGGGGCUGGCAGCAAAUCCGCCACCCUCAUCAAAAUCUCCGGAUUCUUACUAAUUUCACUCAUUUUCUUCUACUUGGGCAAGCAUUUCUCGGAUGGAUCCUCCCAGCAGCUCCUGUUUUUCUCCUCCCAACCCCAAACGGUGUCGUCUUCCUCCGCCUCUGUGGCCCUCUCUCCCAAUCACAACAAGAACUUCGAUAUCUCCUCUCUCAUUAAUGAUACGGCCGCGCCACCACCGCCCGACCAGAUCGGCCGGAAUGAGCCGCAACAGGCCGUGGCCGCUCCACCUCCACCGCCUCCUCCCGCGCUGCAGAGGAUGGGGGUGGUGGACGAGAAUGGAAGGAUGACGGAUGAUUUCGAGGUGGGUGACUAUGAUCCUGAGCUGGUCGACAAUUGGUCGAAAACGAACGUGAGUGAGGGUUUGGAGAUUGAUGGGAAAGGUGAUAAGGUUAGGGUUAGGGUUAACAAGUUUCCGCUGUGCCCGGAGAGUAUGAGGGAGCAUAUACCUUGUUUAGAUAACGAGGAGGCAAUUAAGAGGUUGAAUUCUACUGAGAAUGGAGAAAGAUUUGAGCGGCAUUGUCCUCAAGAAGGGAAGGGCUUGGAUUGUUUGAUCCCAGCUCCUAAAGGUUAUAGAACUCCAAUUCCCUGGCCUAAGAGUCGUGAUGAGGUUUGGUUUAGCAAUGUUCCUCAUGCUCGUUUGGCUGAGGAUAAAGGAGGUCAAAAUUGGAUCUCAAUUGACAAGGACAAGUUCAAGUUUCCUGGAGGAGGUACACAGUUUAUUCAUGGGGCAGAUCAGUACUUGGAUCAGAUUGAAAAGAUGGUCCCUGCAAUCGCAUUCGGCAGACAUACGAGAGUUGCUUUGGAUGUCGGUUGUGGUGUUGCGAGUUUUGGUGCGUAUUUACUGUCACGGAAUGUCAUCACUCUCUCUGUGGCUCCAAAAGACGUUCAUGAGAACCAGAUUCAAUUUGCGCUUGAGCGUGGUGUUCCUGCAACGGUAGCAGCAUUUGUAACACGGCGUUUGCUUUAUCCAAGUCAAGCAUUUGAUCUGAUACACUGUUCAAGGUGUAGGAUCAACUGGACUCGGGAUGAUGGCAUUUUGCUACUUGAAGUCAAUAGAAUGCUCCGAGCUGGAGGAUAUUUUGCUUGGGCAGCACAGCCUGUCUAUAAACAUGAACCAGCCCUUGAAGAGCAAUGGGAAGAAAUGGUAAACCUUACCCGUCGGCUCUGUUGGUCACUUGUAAAGAAGGAGGGAUACAUUGCUAUAUGGCAGAAGCCUUUAAAUAACAGCUGCUAUGUGAAUCGUCAGGAAGGAAGUCAACCGCCAUUGUGCGAACCUAAUGAUGAUCCAGAUAAUGUUUGGUAUGUUGAUCUGAAGGCGUGCAUAACACGUUUACCAGAGGAAGGAUAUGGCUCGAAUGUCACAUCUUGGCCAGAACGGCUGCAGAAUCCUCCAGAUAGGCUUCAAAGCAUACAAAUUGAUGCUUACAUAUCAAGGAAGGAGCUUUUCAGGGCAGAAUCAAGAUAUUGGAAAGAAAUUAUUGAGGGAUAUGUACGUGCUCUACACUGGGGCAAGAUGAAAUUUAGAAACGUAUUGGACAUGAGAGCUGGCUUUGGAGGCUUUGCAGCAGCAUUAAUUGAAAACCGAUUAGACUGCUGGGUGCUCAAUGUCGUCCCUGUUAGUGGACCCAAUACGUUGCCUGUCAUAUAUGAUCGUGGUCUUAUUGGUGUUAUGCAUGACUGGUGUGAGCCAUUUGAUACAUACCCAAGAACCUACGACUUAAUUCAUGCUGCUGGACUUUUCUCAGUUGAGAAAAAAAGAUGCAAUAUAUCAAGUAUCAUGCUUGAAAUGGAUCGGAUUCUGCGGCCCGGUGGACAUGUGUACAUCCGUGAUUCCCUUACUAUAAUGGAUGAACUUCAAGAAAUUGGGACUGCUCUUGGUUGGCACGUGACACUGAGGGACACAUCUGAGGGCCCACACGCCAGUUACAGGAUCUUGACGUGCGAUAAGCGCCUUAUACGAGCUUGA